GUGACGGGGAAAAUGGCUUCUGGGCUCCAGAUUGAGAGCUGGACCGUGGAGAUCAUUUGCCCGAUUUGUCUGGAUUUCUUCACUGAUCCUGUUAGCCUGGACUGUGGCCACAACUUCUGUCGCUCCUGUAUCCCCCUGAGCUGGGAAAAGCAGGAGACAAACCGCUGUGCUGUUUGUCAGGAGACUUUUCCAGAAAAGAACCUCAGGGUUAAUCGGGCCCUGGCGAGUCUAGCAGAGAAAGCUCGGAAAUUCAGCCUGACCCCGACACAGACGGAAAUUAAACUUCGCUGUGAGAAACACCGGGAGGAAUUGAAGCUGUUCUGUGAAUCUGACCAGAAAUUGUUGUGUUUAGUUUGCAGAGAUGCGCGAGAACACAGGGAUCACAGAUUCCUGCCCAUUGAGGAAGCUGUUGAAAUCUAUAAGGAACAAGUGAAAUUCUACUUAGCUUCUCUCACACAGAGGCAGGAAACUGCUCUACAAGCUGAAGCCAAACAGAAACAAAAUAUUUCACAACUUAAGGAACAGGCGAGCAGUCUGCAGACCCAAGUCAAAGACGAUUUUGCUAAAAUACACCAGAUCCUGACUGACAGAGAGCAGCGGGUGAUGAUAGAUCUCAGACAGCGAGAGGAGGAGAUUUUACAACGGAUGGAGACAAACCUGCGAGAGAUUCAGAGCAAUUUAGAUUCAGUUCAACAAGAAAUCUCAGAGUUACAGACACAGAUGGAAAAAGACGGGCCGAUGUUUUUGCAGGAGGAAGCUGCUCGGAAGAAAAGGCAGGAAGAAAAUAAUGUGGGAGAUGGUGGACUGAAACGACUGAGUGAGGCUCUGACGAACCCGAAGUUCAAAAAACAAGUUCUGGAGCUGCAGGACCAUAAUCUGGGAGAUUGUGGAGUGAAGCAACUGUGUGAGGAUCUGAGGAAACUGGAGUGUAAAAUACCGAGUCUAUGGCUGAAGGACAUCGAUCUGACAACUGAUAGCACCGAGGACCUGUCCACCGAUCUCAAAAUAGACCACAAACUGACGGAGCUGAACUUGAAUGAUAAUAAACUGGGAGAUCGUGGAGUGAAGCGACUGUGUGAGGCUCUGAGGAACCCGGAGUGUAAAAUACAGAGUCUGUGGUUGGACAGUAACAGACUGACCGAUGGCUGCACUGAUGCUCUGGUCUCCGCUCUCAGUACAAACCGCUCACUGAGGUUCCUGGACCUGAGCUCUAACUCCUUCACAGACGGCUCUGUCUCCGCUCUCCGCCGCCUCAUACAGACCUGCACCAGUCUGGAGAGGAUCUGGCUGUGGGAGAAUGGGUUCAGUUCAGACGGAGAGAAUCAGUUGGAGUCACUGCAGGGAAUCAGAGCUGAGCUGUCAGUGAUAGUGAGAUUUUGAC